GCCAGAUCAAAUUGCGGCGCAGACACUUUGUUCGGAACCUCUCCUCGAAGCAACGUAGCAGCAGCUGAGCGAUUGACAUGUCCAGAAGAAGACUCCAACAAGCUACUCUUGCCUCAGGGCCGCCCGAUGUCCUUGCGGAUGGCCAUUUCAUUGCGCGCAUUCUCGCAGCCCAGGGACAGCAAAUCUUCUCCGUCGAGCUCCCUGAUAAAUCCGAGGUUCUGGUGGAAUUGCCUCCCAAGUUCCGAAGCACUGUCUUCGUGAAGCGUGGAGGGUAUGUUCUCGCUGAUCUGGGUUCCUCUGAGAGAACGAACAAGAUUGCAGGCGAGAUCGUCGAAGUAGUUGUUGAAGAAAAGGAGUGGAGAAAAAUGAGCUACUGGCCAAAGGAGUUCGCGAAGAGGCCCGACCUGGGCUAUAUGCAGUACGACGACGAUGAUGACGAUGAGUUGAUGGAGAACCCGAACCACAGGAUGCCCUCGAGUGACGAGGAGGACGAUAUGUAAUAAUGUGGCAAUUAUUGGAUUCACGGCAAGGCAUGGGUUAAAGCGGAGUUACGGCGUUCUGGCUUUCCAUUAGAGAAUUCAAUAUCAAGACGUGAAGUGGGAACAGUGAUUUGGACAGAUACCUCGUUAAGUAGCAUACAUUUUCUUUACCAGAAAUCGUCCUCGUCACCUUCCUCUCUAUCCUGGUUAU